CUCGCCAAAUCUUUCGCUCACUAGACAUCGAUAAAAGCAAACAACAGCCACGCCAUGUUUAUUAAAUUCCUUCUGAUAACCGCAUAUUUAAAACUUUGUUUUGGGGUGGAAUUUCAAAUCCUCAAUCGAGAGGGUGGCGACAUUUGGGUCGGAAUUCAAGGGAAUCCCGGCCACGCUCAUCUAAGCGAAGGGGGUUUCGUUCUCCAACCGGGCAAACGCGUUUCAGUUCACGCAGCGGCGAACUGGGCCGGUCGUUUCUGGGCAAGGACUUGGUGUAAUCCCGGUACAAAUCAUUGCGAUACAGGAGACUGCGGAAAUAAAUUAAAAUGUAACGGCGCAGGAGGCGUCCCGCCCGCUUCCUUGGCGGAAAUAACGCUUAAAGGAUGGGGAGGGCUUGACUAUUACGACGUCUCGUUAGUUGAUGGGUUUAAUAUCAUGGUUGCUAUCGAGCCGCUGGGAGGACAAGGGGAUGGGGGUCGAUACAGUUGCAAGAAAGUGGCUUGUCAAGUCAGACUGAACGAUGUUUGUCCCGAGAAACUUAGAGUCAGAAAUGGCAACGGGGUUAUUGCUUGUAAUUCAGCCUGCAAUGCUUUUCAUACCGAUCAGUAUUGCUGUCGCGGGGCUUUCGGCACACCUGACACGUGCAAAUCGUCAAGCUGGCCCGAAAAUUAUCCCAAAUUUUUCAAAGACAGGUGUCCUGAUGCGUACAGUUACGCCUACGAUGACCACAAAAGCACUUUCACCUGCAAGGCUCCGGCUUAUUUAAUCACUUUCGGGGGUUAAACGUUCACCACGCAAACAAUUCGAGAUUUAUUGUACAUAAAACACCCAAUAUACACCAAACAUAA